CGUUGGACAAGUUCCAUUUCUAGCAACACGCCAAAGCUUCUCUCUCAAGUCUCUUAUUCUCUGGUUUUGUUCAUGCUAUCAAAUGAUGGGGAAAUGGAACAAAUCUCAACCUUCUUAUUCGAGUGUGACUCUUCCUUUCUCUCCAAAUUCAUCGGUCACUAGCCGAAAUCUGAACAAGGAUGAACUUGGUGGUGUCAUAUUUGGAUGCGAGAACGACACAAUUAGAGAAUGUUUAUCCAAAAACCUCUUUGGCUUACCAGUGGGACACUUCUCUUAUGUGAAGAACAUUGAGCCAGGGCUGCCUCUUUUUCUGUUUAACUAUAGUGAUCGGAAGCUUCAUGGAAUUUUCCAGGCAGUUAGCUGUGGGAAAAUGUUAAUGGACCCUUACUCAUGGAUUAGUAGUGAUGGUGGUUCAGAUAAAAGUAAAAUGCAAUUUCCUGCGCAGGUGCAAAUUUGUGUACAACGUCAGUGCCAGCCACUGUCCGAAGAUAAAUUUAAACCUAUAAUUGCAGACAACUACUACACAAAUGCUGAUUUCUGGUUUGAGCUAGACCAUGGGCAAGCAAACACACUGAUUUCCUUACUAUCACCAUUGUCCAUUUCCCCUGGCAUAUCUGUCCCACAGACUAAAACGUGGAUAAGUUUGUUUCAACCUCCACCGUCGCAUGAAUCAGGGUUAGAGCAUCAUUCUGAUGACUCAAUUGUAAGAUCUGAUUCCAGUGAAAAUGAUUUUUCUCUCAAUGGAUGCAUCCAACCAUUGGAUACCCAUAUAGGUAUGAAGGAAGUAAAACAGGAUGAGAAGAGCCUCAUAUGUAUAAAACUAAAGGAAUUGGCUCUUAAGCAUGAAAAUCAACCUCUCUCUUUGGCAAAUGAUGUGAAUGAUACGCCUAAUGCCGAUGCGAAUGACAUCUACUCCAUGGGAAAGAAUUUGGAUACACAAGUUGGUUUAGAGAAGAAGGAAGAGGAUCCUAGUUCUCCAUUUGAGUAUCCAGACACCAUAGCUCAGUUGGUGCAAGAGCUUAUAGAUUUCAAGAAUAGACAAGCUGAGACGAAUUAUUACAUGGAGCAGAAGCUGUUUGAUGCAGAGAUGGAAAUUCAGAGUCUUAAAGAUCAUUGUACAAUGCUUGAAUCUGCAUGCAAUAUUCCUCCGACACAUGAUGAGAAGACAGUAAUUAGUUCAUAUGCUGAGAUGCAUUUAGAUCAAACAUUAUUAUUUUUACUUGGAGGCUAUGAUGGAGAAUCACGGUUAGCAAGUAUGGAUCUGUAUUGUACUUCACAGAAUGUGAUCCAAUCUCUCAAGCCUAUGAGCUCUAUUCGUUCAUAUGCUUCAGCUGUACAGUUCAAUGGUGAGAUAUAUGUUUUUGGCGGUGGAAAUGGUUAUGUUUGGUAUGACACAGUUGAAUCAUACAAUCCAGUUCAUGACAAUUGGACCCCGCGCCCCUCUUUGAACCAGAAAAAAGGAAGUCUGUCUGGAGCUGCAUUGAACAACAAAAUAUUUGCUGUUGGUGGUGGCAAUGGAGUUGAUUUCUUUUCAGAUGUUGAGAUGCUUGAUUUAGACAUUGGAUGGUGGAUACCUACACGCUCAAUGCUGGACAAGAGAUUUGCUCUAGCUGCUGCAGAACUCAAUGGUGUGCUUUAUGCUACUGGUGGAUAUGAUGGAAAUGAUUAUUUAAAGUCUGCUGAAAGAUUUGAUCCCAGGGAACAUUCUUGGACCAAAAUACCAAAUAUGAAUACAAAACGGGGCUGCCACUCAUUAGUUGUUCUAAAUGAAAAUUUAUAUGCACUAGGUGGAUUUGAUGGAAACAAAAUGAUUCCAAAUGUUGAUGUGUUUGAUCCUCGCCUCGGAGCAUGGAUGAUGGGGGAACCAAUGAAUCAUCCCAGGGGAUAUUUUGCUGCUGCAGUUGUCAAAGAAUCCAUUUAUGUGAUUGGGGGAGUUGAAGGCCUUGAUAAUAUUGUAUGUACGGUUGAGAAUUAUAAGGAAAGUCAGGGAUGGCAGGAAAUUUACACAGCAGCACCUAUGAAAAGGUGUUUCUUGUCCGCUAUUGCCUGCCGUACUCAGGAGUGACAGAAGGUCCUUCAAUAGUCACAUAGUGGCCUUCCGGU